CCACGUCAGUGGUGAAGAAUCGUGAAGUCAUGGCAGAUGGACACUCCAUAUCAGACGGUCACUUGAAAUCUUCUGGCCUUAAUUUUCGCACAAAUUGUCGAAUGGUUCUUAAUCUACUGAGAGAUAGAGAUGCCUCGAUUGUAUUUUCUCCAGAGCAGCCAUUAACACCAGUCACUGACCUUGCUGUGGGCUUCAGUAACUUAAGCACUUUCAACGGUGAGACCCCUAAACGCUGCUUGGAUCUGUCUAACCUGAGUUGCGAUGAACCUGGCCUGCAAGCUUUCGUGUCACCUGUUAAAAUGGCGACAGGUAAGGGAGACUCGUCACAGUCAAUACAGUUAGAAGAUUUGAAGUGCCUUAAAGGAACUGUAAAUACAUCACUGCCUAGACUUCUCUGCAGCACCCCAAGUUUUAAGAAGUUUUCUGGACAUCAAAGAGAUUCUAGUAAUAAAGAAAAUGAGGGUGGGCUGUUUAAGAAUCCAGGUAAACCCUGCUCUAUACUGCUUCUCCGGGAGGCAGCCAUGACAGAGAUUUCUCCAUCAUUUGGAACAAAGGAUGACCUCUGUAUGGAGGAGGACUCUGAGCUCCAAGUCAUUGCUUCUCCUAUCGGUGCUACUCUAGCUGGUGUUGACGAAGACAAAGUAGGGAACCUUGAUGGGUUCUCUGAAUUUUUCGCUAUGGAUGACGAGGAGGAGCCAGAGGAUACAUCCACAGUUGCGGCUAAUUUGUCCUCCUCAAUGGCCAUCCUACUCUCUGGACCUUUGAUGACUCAAGAGGUGGAUGUCAGCAAUGUAAGUAAAGUGUCUAUGAAUCGGAGCCGUCUUUAUCGAUCACCAUCUAUGCCAGAGAAGCUAGAUCGGCCUGUGUUGAAGAGACCUGUACGGCCCCAAGAUGGUGAAACUCCUGUUAGGGUAAAAAGAAGACGCAGUACAAGCAGUUCACUCAAGUCUGAAGAUGAAGAAAACUCUCAGCCGAGAAGACGGGGAGCGUCUCUGAAAAAGACCUUGUCUCUUUGUGAUGUAGACAUUACUAAAGCUUUGGAUGAGGAUUAUAGUCACAGACAACUGGUUGGGGAUUUUACAAAGGUUUAUGCUUUGCCCACUGUGACUGGACGGCACCAGGAUCUUCGCUACGUUACUGGAGAGACUCUGGCAGCAUUAAUGCACGGAGAGUUCAGUAGUCUUGUGGAAAAAUUCUACCUCAUCGACUGCCGAUAUCCUUAUGAAUACGAAGGGGGCCAUAUCAAGGACGCAUUAAACCUCCAUCGACCAGAAGACUUACUAGCUUAUUUCCUAAAUCAACCUCUGCUUCCAUCAGAUGCACAAAAGCGCAUUGUAUUGGUGUUUCAUUGUGAGUUCUCUUCGGAGAGAGGUCCAAAAAUGUGUCGGUUUUUGAGAGAAGAGGACCGGGCCAGGAAUGAAUAUCCAAGUCUCCAUUACCCAGAACUGUAUUUGCUUAAAGGGGGUUACAAAGAAUUUUUCCCGGAAUACAAGUUGUUGUGUGAGCCUCAAGGAUACUGCCCAAUGCAUCACCAGGAUUACAGAGAAGAACUGCUCAAAUGCCGUACAAAGAGCAAAUCUUGGGCAGGCGAUCGCAAAAGGAGGGAUCAAAUCACCAGGCUGAUGAAGCUGUGAUGUGGCAAAUGUAAACCCAAUCACAAUUUGUACAACACUCCUGUAGCUGCUCAUUCAUUUUCCAACUCUGCUGCUUGCACUACAGUAAAGGACCUGGAAUGGCUUGACAUGUACCACUGACACUGUGAAAUAUUUUUAUUAAAUCUAUUCUUCAUGAAAAUAUGGACAACAAAGUGUGGGAUAUGCAUUUGUAAGAUGUGGAUUGAUAUCAUGGCCAUCUGAGUACA